GUGGCAGAAGUCAGAAUUCAAUAUGGCUGCGCCCAUGAAACAUGUUGAAGCUAUGCUUCGUAGUUUUCGUUUGUGUAAGACCAAGAGGUUACUGACGUGUUCUCGGCCAAGAAUCAAGAUGGCGAGGCAGUACAGUAAAAGAAACGUUUUGGAGCUUCAUGAGCGUGGAUUGUUCCAGGACAUAUUCCCGGAUGCAAACAGAAAAGCACUUGUGGAUACACUCAAUUCUGGCAGCCAGUGUAUUUACUGUGGAUUUGAUCCUACAGCAGACAGCCUGCACAUUGGAAACCUCCUCGCUCUCAUCGCUCUCAUUCAUUGCAGUAGAAGUGGACACUCACCAAUUGUUGUGCUAGGUGGCGCCACGGCGCAGAUUGGAGAUCCGAGUGGUAAAACGCAUGAGCGUGAUGCGAUGACAAUAGACACUAUAGACACUAAUGUGAUGAGAAUUCACUCAACUAUCGAGAGAAUCUUCACGAAUCAUCAGCAACAUCUUUAUCACUCAGAAAAGGAAUUACCUUCCGUAAGAAUCAUGGAUAAUAGGAACUGGUACAAAACUAUUAAUCUGGUGGACUUCCUAGCAAGCACAGGGAGAAACUUCAGAAUGGGUCAGAUGCUGGGAAAACAAAGUGUUGAGACUAGACUACAGAGUCCGGAUGGAAUGAGUUUCACAGAAUUUACUUACCAAGUAUUUCAGGCAUACGACUGGCUUCAUCUAUACAGAGAACACAACUGUCUAUUACAGAUAGGAGGGAAUGAUCAGAUGGGAAACAUGAAGGCAGGAUACGAUCUCAUUAGUCGGAUCACUAACAACACAGUCUAUGGAUUGACAGUUCCACUGGUGCUGACAACCUCAGGUGACAAGCUAGGGAAAACAGCAGGCAAUGCUGUUUGGCUUGAUCCAGAUAGAACUUCAGCCUUUGAGUUUUACCAGUAUUUCCUCAGACUUCCUGAUUCAGAAAUUGAGAAGUAUCUAAUGCUGUUUACGUUUCUUCCAACAAAUGAAGUACAGGAUGUCCUCAGAAAACACUGGGAAAAGCCAGAAGGGAGACAUGGCCAGAAGACCAUUGCCAGAGAAGUGACGAAGCUCGUGCAUGGAGAUACUGGUCUAUGGUCAGCACUACCGUUAGUUGGCGCUUUUGUUUCGGUGAGGCGGCCACUGGUCACACUGAGUCUGGACCCAGGAGUCACAGUCCUGGAUCUUGCAAUGAAAGCGCGUUGUUUCUCCAGGGAAGUUGAUGCAAAAAGGAUUAUUGGUGCUGGAGGCUUCUACAUCAAUUAUCAACGAGUGACAUCACCUGAGUAUGUGCUGAUACAGGGACAGCACAUUCUGCCAAACAACACCACACUGGUGCGAGUAGGGAAGAAGAAUUAUUAUGUUGUUCGAUGGGUGAACAUGUGAAGUGUUCGAAUCUUCCGGUAAGACAGAUGUGAGCUGUCA